AUGCGUUCCGGCAGCCGUGGACGGCCCCGGCUACGGCUCGGGGAACGCGGCUUCUUGCAGCCACCCUCACCGCCCAGUCGCCGCCUGCUACCGCGGGCGCAGCUGCUGCCGCUGCUGCUGCUGGCGCUGGCCGUGGCCUCGGUGUUCUACAUCAUCUGGAGCUGCUGGCAGCGCCAGACUGAGGAGCUGCCGCCGGGCCGGGAGCUGCGGGGCCCGUUGAUCGCGAGCCUCCCCGAAGCUCGAAUGCGAAGGGUGGUGGGUCAGCUGGAUCCACAGCGUCUCUGGAACACUUAUCUGCGCCCCCAGCUGGUUGUGCGGACGCCGGGUAGCCCGGGCAAUCUCCAAGUCAGAAAGUUCCUGGAGGCCACUUUGCGGACCCUGACAGCAGGCUGGCAUGUGGAGCUGGAUCCCUUCACGGCCUCAACGCCCCUGGGGCCACUGGACUUUGCCAAUGUGGUGGCCACACUGGACCCGGGAGCUGCCCGUCACCUCACCCUUGCCUGCCAUUAUGACUCGAAGCUCUUCCCAUCUGAGUCGGCCCCAUUUGUGGGGGCCACAGAUUCAGCUGUGCCUUGUGCCCUGCUAUUGGAGCUGGCCCAGGCCCUCGACCAAGAACUGAGUAGAGCCAAGGAUCAGGCAGCCCCAGUGACCCUGCAGCUGCUCUUCUUGGACGGUGAAGAGGCACUGAAGGAAUGGGGACCCAAGGACUCCCUCUAUGGCUCCCGGCACCUGGCCCAGCUCAUGGAGUCUUCACCCCACAGUCCCGGCCCCACCAGGAUCCAUGCUAUUGAGCUCUUUAUGCUUCUUGAUCUCCUGGGAGCCCCCUAUCCGACCUUCUACAGUCACUUCCCUAGCACAGUCCGCUGGUUCCAUCGGCUGAGGAGCAUCGAGAAGCGCCUACACCGUUUGAACCUGCUACAGUCUCAUCCCUAUGAAGUGAUGUACUUCCAGCCUGGGGAGGCCCCUGGCUCUGUGGAAGAUGACCACAUCCCCUUCCUCCGCCGAGGGGUCCCGGUGCUCCACCUCAUCUCCACGCCCUUCCCUUCUGUCUGGCACACGCCUGAGGACUCCGAGACCAACCUGCACCCACCCACGGUGCACAACCUGAGCCGCAUCCUUGCCGUGUUCCUGGCUGAAUACCUGGGGCUCUAGCUGGCUGGGCUGACUUGGAAGAAGCGCCCAGCAGGGGAUGUGUCAAGGGCACCAGGAGCCAGCGGAGCUCAGGCGGGGCCCACCUCGGGUGCGCUGCCUUGUCCUUUUUAAUACCUUUGGCUCUGCUUGUGUUGUUAUUGGAAGACUCUCUUUCCUUUGACUAUCUCAAGCUGCCACUCUUCAAAGACAUGGAAGAGACCAUUGUGGGGUGAGAGCCAAAGGAAGAAGAUCUUGGGCCCUGCUCUGUGGGAGACACUGGGCUGAAGGUUUGCAAGGGCCAGAUGCUAUUUUCAGUUGUAGUCAGCACACCACGGACUGGCAUGUGGACCAGCAACACCACCUAACCCAAAGAAUUUUGUGGCUUCUGAUUUUGUGGCAGUUCGUUCUCCAGAGUGGCAGCCUUAGUACUGCACUGGUCCAAAACUAGCUCCCACGUGCUCAUAACAAGGAACAGAAGAGAUGGAAGCCAUUACUUGGGAACUCCAGCUUCUACAGACCCAGUGGGCAAUAAUCUAGUGUUUCUGCAGAAUAUAUUCUACAGAACUAUCAUAGGUGUUGCAUG